AGCCGGGUGGAAAUGGCGCGCGGGGGCUGAUGGGAAAUCUGUUACAUCCAGGAAGACCAGAGACACGGAACCGACAGACUAAACACACCCACUGGACUCGAGCGAGAAAGGCUUUAACGCUUUAAACCCACUUACGGUUGUCAGAAGGCGAAGGCAUGGCAGAGCUGGCGGGUCUGGUGCAGAGGUUGGAGGUCGCUGUUGGCCGUCUGGAGGCCAUUUCCAGCACAGGAGGUGCCGGUGGCACUGCUUCAGCCGGUGGAGCUGUGUCUGCGUACGUCGAGGCUUUCGAUGGACUGAUCUCAGGCCCUGUUGCUGAAUACAUGACUCUGAGUCAGAAAAUAGGCGGCGACGUUAAGAAGCAUGCUGAUAUGAUGAAGCAAGCGUUCACCUCUCAGAGGCAGGUUCUUGUGAUCGCCUCCACCUCCCAGAAACCCUCUGAUGUUGUUUUGACGUCUCUGCUGGCUCCGGUGUCUAAAGUGAUUCAGCAAGUGCAGGCGUUCCGAGAGCAGAACCGUUCCUCUCAGCUCUUCAACCACCUCUCGGCCGUCAGCGAAAGCGUGCCUGCCCUCGGCUGGGUAGCCAUGGCCCCUAAGCCAGGUCCUUAUGUCAAGGAAAUGCAGGAUGCUGCCAUGUUUUACACAAACCGUGUGCUCAAGGAUUAUAAAGACAAGGACAAAACUCAUGUGGAUUGGGUCAAGGCCUACUUGGCUAUCUGGACCGAGCUGCAAGCAUACAUAAAGCAACAUCACACCACCGGACUGGCUUGGAGCAAGACUGGUCCAGUUGCCUCAGCAUCUGGAGCUCCUGCUGCCCCAAGCUGUGGAGCUGCUCCUCCUCCUCCUGGCCCCCCUCCUCCACCUGCUGAUCUGGAGAAGUCAGGAAGUGGAGACUCCGGCCCCACUAGUCGUAAUGCUCUCUUCGCCUCCCUCAACAAGGGAGCUGAUAUUACUAAAGGGCUGAAACAUGUGUCUGAUGACCAGAAGACCCACAAGAAUCCUAACCUGAGGUCUCAGACAGGCCCUGUGAGCACAGGACCCAAACCUUUUUCAUCCCCCCGUCCAACUGCCUCUGCUACUCCAGCUCGCACCCUGCCUCCAGUGCUGGAGCUUGAAGGCAAAAAAUGGAGAGUGGAGAACCAUGAAGGUGCUCAGGGCCUGGUGAUCAGUGAUACAGAGCUCAAACAGGUGGUCUAUGCAUUCAAGUGCAACAACAGCACUCUCCAGAUAAAGGGAAAGAUCAACUCAAUCACCAUAGACAACUGCAAGAAAUUGGGUCUCGUUUUUGAUGAUGUUGUGGGUAUUGUGGAGGUGAUCAACUCCAGGGAUGUUAAAGUCCAGGUUAUGGGCAAGGUUCCGACCAUUUCCAUCAAUAAGACUGAUGGUUGCCAUGUGUACCUGAGUAAGGACUCGCUGUCAUGCGAGAUCGUCAGUGCCAAGAGCUCAGAGAUGAACGUGCUGGUGCCUGGCAAAGAUGGAGAAUUUACUGAGAUUCCAGUCCCUGAGCAAUUCAAAACGGUCUGGGAUGGCAAAAAGCUGGUCACUACAGCCACAGAGAUCGCAGGCUAAAAGCCUCACCCAUGAUAUUCCACCCCCACCUUUGCCAAUGCCUGCCUACCUGACUGACUGACCAACCAGCCAAUCACAAACAAAACUGAAAUGCUAAUCGUCUCCACAUUCCCCAUCACCCAACCAGAGACGUCGCUAAACAUUUCUUCAGCCUAUGAGAUGGCAGUUUGCUUCAUGUGGCAUCAUGAAACUUUCCAUUCCAUUUGAUGUUUUAAUAGCAAUUUUUUCGUUGCCAACAAUCAAGUUGUUCUGCUGUUUUUGAGCAUUCCAAGGAAAAUAAAAUGUGAACAGCCAAAAUUAUGCACAUAUGCUUUAUAUUCAUUUUUAUUUGUCUAAUUUUUGGUCUUAUAAUGAAAUGGCUGAUUCCAGGUUUUUUUUUUUUUUUUUUUGCUUUACAUCAUCAGGGGGUAGAAGUUGUGUUCGGGUGAGGGAGUCCUUAGUGAUUUCUGUUCUAUAUAUGCAAAUCUGUCCUAAAGCACACAAACUUUUCCUCAAAAAAAAAAAUCAGUGCUAGUGUUUCAGACAUUGAUGAAUUUAUUUAUGCUUCUCGGGUAAUUGAAACCAAGAUUUAUUUACCCAAAUUAGACCACACUUUGGAGGAAAUAAUGGAUUACAUAUUGUUUUAUCGUUGUAUUUACGUACCAGUAAAGCAAAAAUAAUCUUGAAAGAUAUAAUAAUAAAUGGAUAUGGCUUCCAUUUCAUACUGUAUUCCAACGUACAGAGCACACUCUCUAAAGCACUGUAAAUCAACAUUCCAUGAUAAUUAAAAGAGGUACAGUAAGGAUAGUGACCAUUAAUGUAGGAACUUCCUUCUUCUCUAAUUCUCGCUGCAAAAUUCCUGUUAAGACUUUAGAUACUGGUAUCUUCAAGAUGAACAGUCACUGAAUUCUAGUUAUCAAAUUAUUUCCUAUGAUGUUCAGUAUACACAAUUUUUAAAUAGAUGCAUCCACCACUAUUUCUGCUUAAUCCUUUUAAGAGCAUUUUCUUCUCAUAGCACUCAGGCCAUUAAAUAUUUUUUUUUUUUUAUUGAAUUCUCUUGUUUUGUGUUUUUUUUGGUCAGCAAUUAUAAUUCUGCUCAAUAUUAGUACUGGAGUAAAAUAACAUUAAAAUGGUUGCAAACAAA